CACGUUGUAGUGGAGCGGAGGAUUUUGAAAGAAGGUAAAUAAAGGUGUUCCUCGUGUAAACUGGAGCCUCCGUGUUUGUUAUUUUGUAGUUUCAUACAGUAUAGGCGACAUUUAUAAACCCUCGGUUACACUAAUCUAUUUUUGAAUUGACCAAACUCGUCCGUUCAUUUCGGCUAUGGGCAUUUAUUGGCUAAUGGUCCAGCACUGCCACCUAUCUGUCAACCUUGGUAGCUCAUAAGUUACAAAACAGCUAUUGUAUAAAACCAAACCUAAGUGGAGUGCUGUUGUGUAAACGUUGCUAAUUUCUUUUUAAGCUGCGAUUCCAAACGCCAAACGUCACAGGUGAGCUGCAAGAGGUUUUGAUACAUGAACAGCAGACGAUCGAAGUCGCCCGCCCCUGAAUCCAGAAAGGCUAAGGUAAAGAAACGAGCUGGAGAAAACUCUGCAACGCUCUGCAGGAAACUACGAGACAAGAAAGAAGCAGAAACAGGGUCUCCUGUCAAGCCCACUGCAACCCAGAGGAAACGUGCACAUGGCAGCAUACUGCACUACAUCUACAAGAACACUCUGGGACAAAGUCUGCACUCUCAUCUGAGACAGUGUCUCCAGGAGCCUUUUGUCCGCUCGCUCUCAUCCUACCUAUUCCACGCAGCCACCAGCCCCUUUGAUCGCAGAAUCACCUCCUUGGAGUGGCAUCCCACUCAUCCCACCACGCUGGCCGUGGCCUCCAAAGGUGGUGACAUUAAUCUGUGGGACUAUGAGCUCCCCACCAAAAGGAUGAUGAUUCAAGGGAAUGGCCCUGGAGACUCUAUUGGAGGGAUGAAGUUUUGCCCCAUGGACCACUCCAGAGUCUAUGUGGCCUCCGUUGAGGGCACACUGAACGUGCAGAGCUUUGAGGGACACGCAGCCACCAUAUUAUCUCGAACUGGAGACUGUGGCCACGAUCACCACAAUGUUUGUUGCUGGUACUGCUGUGUAGACGUGUCCAUCAGCCGACAGAUGCUCGUGACAGGGGACAACUUAGGGAAGCUCUUACUUCUGGGUUUGGAUGGGCAAAAGAUUUUCAGUGGCAAGUUACACAAAGCCAAAGUGAGCCACGCAGAGUUCAACCCACGCUGUGAUUGGCUGCUGGCGACGGCCUCUGUGGACCACACCGUGAAGUUGUGGGAUCUGAGGAACAUGAAGGACAAAACGAACUUCCUCCAUGAAAUGCCUCACGAGAAGGCUGUCAACUCAGCCUGUUUUAACCCCCUGGAUGGUUCUAAGUUGCUAACAACUGAUCAGUACGACCAGAUCCGCGUCUAUUCAUCUCACGAUUGGUCCAAACCUCAGCAGAUCAUCCAGCAUCCACACAGACAGUUUCAGCAUCUCUCACCCAUCAAGGCCACAUGGCAUCCUGUCUAUGACCUCAUUGUGGUAGGUCGUUACCCUGACGACAGGGUUUGCCUCGGAGACCAGAGGACCGUGGACAUCUUUGAUUCGAACACAGCAGAGCUUGUGUGUCAGCUGCAGGAUUCCGUUGUUGCUGGAAUCAAGUCUAUCAACAAAUUCAGUCCAACAGGAGAAGUGAUUGGCUCUGGAAUGGGCGUAACAGUACUGAUUUGGUGCAGAAAUAAGUCGUUAGGAGACGGAAACCAGCAAGAGGAAACGUCCACCUCAGCUCAGAGUUUAAGGAGUGAACGUAGUGGUCAGCAGCGAUCUGCUAGGAACAGGAGAGUCGCUGAUGUGGAAGCCAAGCUCAAGAAAAAACUGCUUUCUCUCAAGGAAACGGAGACCAGAACCAAGACUAAGAGCACUAAGCAGUCGAAGAAGCACUGAACUUAACUUGUCUAGUUUUUGAAAUUCUUUACUACUAUGUUAAACUGAGAAAUAUUGCACGUUAUUGUUUUUUCUACUGUAUUUGUAAUAAAAAUGUUCUUACCAUUAAUUAUUGAAUAAUUAUUUAAACACAGCAUCCACACUGCAAAAACUGAAAUCUAAGUAAGAUGAAAUAUCUCAAAUAAGGGUGAUAUUUGCUUAUUUUCUGUCUGAUAAGAUAAUUCUUCUCACUAAGCAGAUUUUAUGUUAGAGUGUUUUACUUGUUUUAAGUGUUUUGGUCCUAAAUGAUUUAAGUAAGAUAUUACAGCUUGUUGCUGAGAUUUGAUGACCUAUAUUGAGUAAAACAUGCUUGAAAC